AAUGUAUGUAGGAUUUACGUAGGUGAUACGUUUGAAUUAGUCAAGGGGAAACUGAAACUGAAACUGAAAUCUUAAUUUCUUUAAAACACAGAAACUCUGAGAAAAUAAGUCAUUCUGCAGCUGAAGCUGAACAAACAUGACACUUCAGGGGCGGAAACCUAAGGCCGGAGACCUGAUUGAGAUUGACCGAGGGUUUUACAAGCACUGGAGUGUCUAUGUGGGAGAUGACUACAUUGUCCAUAUAACAGGUCUGACUGGAAUGCCUGACUGGAGCUUUGUUAGCUCUAGCAACGGCCAGGCGAUAGUGAAGAAAGAGCCACUCAAACAUGUUGUAGGGAAGUGCAACUAUCGGGUCAACAACAAGUAUGACAAGACCCGGCAGGUUUAUCCGGUGUCCGAAAUCAUAGUCCGGGCAAACAACGAGGUUGACAAGUUAUGGACAUAUCACCUCUUCGCUAAGAACUGUGAACACUUUGCUACUGAGAUUCGCUACAACGAAGCACAAAGUGACCAAGCUUAUACGGCUGUUGCAGUGAUAAUGGUGAUAGGUUUUCUGAUUUUGCUCAUUUGACAGCGGUAGCAUCGUUAAACUUCUUCACCCCAGAAACACUCCACCCUGUACAAAAGAUACAGAUCAGGACCAUGCUGUGGAGACCAAAAUAAAUUUUAGACCUCAGAAUUACCUCAUUAACCAGAGUCUUGUCUCUUCUGUUACCGGUCAGUGGCCCAGAGUAGAUAAUUGUUGGAGUAUUAUCUGAGUAUCACCGUGCACCAAACUCAGGAGAACUGCUGCAGAUGGAAGGAGUGAGGUUCAUACCCGCUCAGCCUUGGGGCAUUGCAGCCAGUUCUCAUUAGACUGUUUUCAGUGCCAGACGAACACUGAAUGCGAUUUCAGGAGUAAAAGCUGCUCCACAGCCGAUGCCCAGUUAGAAAAGUAAAUCACUCAUCU